AUGGCUCGAUCAACCAGUAGUAAUCAAACCAGUGCACAACAUGUUCGUGGUGGAAUAACCAAAGCAAAGAAUGUUGUUCGUGCAACAACUCAAAAACUUUCAUCAACAACUCGAAAUAAUAUCACGAACAACAAACAAAAAGGUGCACGUAGACAAACUCGUUCUUCUGUACAUGUUAUUUCAAAAACACGUGGUCGUUCGAGUACUAAUACUCAGAAACGAAGUACACUAGGUAGUAAUACCAAAAGUCGAUCGGCAAUUCGAACUGUUCAUGCGCUCAAUAACAGUGCCGUUCGACAUGGACGUUCAACAAAUGCAUCCCGAGGAACAACUAGAGCAAAGAAGACCACCGAUGGACGAAAGAAAAAAAAGAACUGCAUUACAGGCCGUUUAAAUAACAAGAAAAAAAAUACAACACGUGGCAAUAAUAAUAAUAAUAAUAAUAAUCAACAGCGACGACCAUUAGGGCGUGAUCAACAAAAAAAAAAGAAAAAUGCAACGACGACUUCAUCUUUAAUAGCAGUAACACCAUCGAGUAUGAUUCGACCUGAUGAUGAUUUUCAUCGAGAAUCAAAUUUUGGAACCAAUGAAUAA